AUGGAUCCCGUUCCGCCCAUCGACGUCGAGGCGGCGGCGGCGGCAGCAGCACGGCCGUCGUGGAGACAGGAGAUCGCGCGCGUGACCGUGGGGUGGGCGGGGACAGCAGGCGCAGGCGCAGCGCGUCGUGUGUCGUGGGCGGCGGCACUCUUCGCCCUGGGAUGCGCCGCGGCGGGGCUGGCGUUGUUUGCCAUGACCCUCCCCGCGGACGACUCCCGCCUGCUGGAGCUGGGGCCUGCUGCGCCGACGACCCUUGCUGAGAUGGCAGGCCUGCGCACCGCGUCGCAGGGUCUGCUUCUGGCAGCCUCCACGCAGGUGCUCGCGGCCACCAUGGGCCUUCUCGUGCCGGCGCGGCUGGUCGCCGUCUUCGCCUACAUUCUGGGAUGGUUCACCGCCGACCACGCCACCGACGUCCUCCAGAUGCUCGUCGCCUGCCACGGCACUACUGCCGACGACGACAUCUGGUCCCACUACCGGCUCUUCCGCGUCAUGCUGUGGGUGUUUAUAUAUGAACCUAUAGUCGUAGCUAGUUUGGCACUAUUUGGUUUGCGGCGUUAA